GAGAAAUAUACAUUAUAUGAUCUAUCAUUUUAGUUAUAAGUACAACAGCAGCAACAGUUGCUAUUGCUACACUAGCACCAUGUCCAAGUUGUGUAUGUAUUAUGACACCAUGCCCAUUGGUCAUUGUAACCAAUCCAUGUUCACCAAAUCCCUGUCAAAAUAUGGGAGGAUGUGCCGUUCAAAAUAAUGCUGCACAAUGUUAUUGUUCAAAUUAUUAUUCCGGUUAUUAUUGUCAAUAUCGUUAUACUGGUCGAUCAUUAACAUCAAAUGCAUGUAAUAAAACAUGUUUAAAUGGUGGCCGAUGUUAUAUUGAUGAACAACGAGGAGGUGUCGAACGUUGUUCAUGUUCAAAUGAAUAUUAUGGAUCUAGAUGUGAAUUAGUGAAUCGACCAAAAUCAUGUUCAUCAAAAAAUCCAUGUAUGAAUAAAGCCAAAUGUGUUACAACAAAAUCUGGUUCACAAUGUAUUUGUCAAAAGGGUACAUCUGGUAUUUUAUGUGAAAAAAUUCACCGAUCAAGUAAUACACAAUACUGUCCACUUAAUUGUCAAGCUGGUGGUAUGUGUGUUUAUGUAAAAUCAACACCUCAAUGUCGUUGUCCAAAAGGUUUAACAGGUCGUUUAUGUGAAUCUCGUUCUGGAAAAUCAUUAUCAAUUGGAGAAGAUGAAAUUAAUAUAUUUGAAUAA